GACGUCAUGCGCAGGGGCGGAGAGUCCAAGGCUCGUUAGUCGGGUGGCAGCGGCACUUUCUCUUCCCCUCCCCGAGGUCAGGCCGGUGAGCAGCGAUGUUCCGAGCGGCGUUGAGGUGCGGCGGCAGCGGCUUAUCCGCUUGGCGGAGGGCAGCGCGGGCGCCAAGGAGGCCGGUGGGCCAGGCCGAGGCGGUGCAGCCGGCGGCUGUUCUUGCUUCACGAUGGUAUUCACAUGGGAAACAGGAGACUGAUGAAGAGUUCGAUGCCCGUUGGGUGACAUACUUCAAUAAGCCUGACAUUGACGACUGGGAACUCAGGAAAGGAAUGAACACCCUCAUUGGAUACGAUCUGGUACCUGAACCCAAAAUUCUUGACGCAGCCUUGAGAGCAUGCCGUAGAUUAAACGAUCUAGCUAGUGCAAUCCGUAUUCUAGAAGCAGUGAAGGAUAAAGCCGGACCUCACAAAGAGAUCUAUCCUUAUGUCAUUCAAGAACUCAGGCCCACGUUAACUGAACUUGGAAUUCCUACCCCAGAGGAGAUAGAAUAGGAUCAUGCUGGAUUGACCACCAGAAAAUUAACUGGAGCUACUUUAUAAUUGCAAAAACUUACAUUAAGGUAUUUGCUAUUAUAAAUUAUACUUGCAUUAUAAAUUAAUCAAAAUGUCAUAAGGUGUUUAAUAAGUCUUCAGAUAACACAUAACACUAAGUUACAAUUAUACAAGGACAUCUGAAAUAUGAAUGCAUAUUAGCUGUAAGAUUAUUGAGGCAAAGGAUGUGUUUAAUUAUUAAAUCAUUUUUAAUUGAUACAGGGAUUCAACGUUCUUCAUAAACUUCCAGUUAAAGGAAUAAAUUCCCAAAUGCACAAAGCUGGAGCAUUCCUGACAGUUGAAUUUUUCAUGAUGCAGUCAGACAAACACUUUGUUUAAAGCAAAAUCUUGGAGAUGGGACUGCGGUACUCAAAUAAAAAAAAAACUGCUAGAGGAGUUUAGGCCAUGUUUGUGGAAAUUAGAGUGAAGAUUAACAUUUCCACAGAUGCUGCCUGAAUCAUUGAGUUCCUCCUACAGUUGGUUCUUCCCUCUUUAAAAAUAUUAUUGGCUACUUGUUGAGAAAGUUUUCAAGACUACAUGAAAAUGGAGCAGCAUGGUGGUGUAGUGGUUAGCACUAAGCUUUACAGUGCCAGUGACCUGGGUUCAAUUCCCGCCACUGAAUGUAAGGAGUUUGUACAUGCUCCCCAUGCUUGCGUGGUUUUCCUCCUCAGUCCAUAGACAUACUAGUUAAUAAGUUAAUUAGUUAAUGUAAAAUGUUCCAUGAUUAGACUAGGGUUAAAUCAGAACUUGCUGGGAGGUGUGGCUCAAAUGCCUAUUCUGCACUGUCUUGAUUUAAAAAAAAAUGUAAUAGUUGAGAACAUGUACUGUGAGCCAUUCCUCAUUUUUAACUUGUUUAUCUUGAGUGGUGAUUAUUAGUAAAUCAACCUUCAUUAGCUAGCUAACUUCAUUAAUAAUUUGUCCAAUUUAAUGAAAUGUCUUUUGAAAAACAUUAGCUCUGAUAUUGAUUUCUCAUUUUGCCAUUCACCCACUUGCAUUCAAAUAAUGGGAAAGUGAUCCCCACCCCCUGCCCUAUUACCACCUUUAGUAGACUAGUGUAUCAUUGUCAUCCUGGACAGUUACCUUCUUGAUUGAUAGCUAUUAAUGCACUAAAUCCAAAACAUAGUUUUGUAAGUGGAAGCUUUCAUAAUCAAGCAGUGUGUCUAGUUUUCAAUAAGUGCAAACAAUAAAUUGAAAUGAGUUGCUUAUGAAUCCAUUUAGGGCGCAUAAUUGGAUUUUGUAAUUCUGCCUAUAUCCUGAUCAUUCAGUACCAGUGCAGUUUUUGUUUUACUGCCACUAGCACUUAGUGCAACAAUGAAGGUCCUCCAUCUCUGGCAGUGUUCUGGGCUUGCUUCAUCAUGUCAGUAGCUUCCUCUUGUUUUCACUAUUGUCAGUCAUACAAAUCCCAGGUGGAGACUCAGGAAUACCGUCGCACUAAGAUGUAGGAUUCUUCAUUGCUGUUUAUGUAACAAUUUUUUCUAUCAGUCAGGGUUGUUAGCCCUGAGCUGAACCCUCAAAGGUGGAGGACCGGUGGAGCACUCUUAGUCUGGCCUCUACCCUUUGAUGUGUUUGGCAUGUGCGACCCUACCAAGAGCCAGAGCAUAAAGCCCUUACUCCAGCCAACAUAGCUCUUUGGGUCAUUGAAGCACACAAACCUAUGACAAGGUUGUGGUCCUCUUGGAGGAUCAUUGCAGUUUAGCUGAUGGUUAUUUACAUUUGCCGGACAUAUUGGUCUGACCUACAAAAUCUUCACUUGUAGUUAUUUCUUCAUUGGAUUUGUACUUGGAUCUUUAAGUUUACAUGUAAUUAUUUCAGCAUUUGGAAACCAGUGCUGGUUGCACAAGGCAGCUAUUUGAAGAUUGAAGCUGGUUCUGAGCAGAUUGAAUAUAUUACUUCCAUAUUAAAUAUUAAGGAAUAUUGUAAUAGUCCUACCAGAUGUUGGCUCAGAAUGCUAGGGAGCUAAUAUAAACUAUUCUUUCCUGUUGAAUAACUGGCUAUCAUUCUGCCAUCAUUAGAGUUAACAAUAAUAGCCCAUUGUUAAGCAAUGAUGCUCAACUGGUAAUAAGCUCUCUCUGUACUAAGUAGAAUGGCAUUUUGCCCACUUUGUUGUGAAGCAAUAUUUAGUUAUUUUCAUUGAAAUCUGAGUAUAUUUGAAGUUCCUUGGAACUUUAAUUUGUAAUGUUAUUGAGGAAAACAUGAUCAUGCACAACAGAUUCAAUCAGAGCCCCUGGAUUCUACUUCCAAAUCUAUUCCACCAUGCCCCUUUUUAAAAAUAAGUAUAGGCCAGACUGUGAAUAAAAUACCAGCUGUCUUCAACUUUCUAAGUCCCUGCUUCUCUCCAAAGACAUUUCUAAAUCUGCUUUAUCUGCCAACCUUUUGACACUUAAUAUUUCCUCAUUGUUGCAUGUUUUCUUUCUCUUACAAAGUGCCUGGGGCACUUCGCUGCAUUAAUCACAAAUACACAAGGAAAUCUGCAGAUGCUGGAAAUUCAAAUAACACACACAAAAUGCUGGUAGAACACAGAAGGCAAGGCAGCAUCUAUAGGGAGAAGCACUGUCGACAUUUCGGGCCGAGACCCUUGGUCAGGAGACAAUCACAAAUGCAAGUUGCCUCAUUAAUCACAAACACGAGCCUUUAAGGUUCUUAAAAACUGGAUCACUUCAUUUUGACUAAUUUCCUGUAUUUAUUGCCAACUUUGUUCAAUAUUUGAGGUCAAUUAAGUAAAAAGGAAGCAUCUGACAUGUGCAACAUUUCUUUUCUUUCAGACGGUUUCCAGAACUUCAUUUGAUGUGAUUGUACAUGACACAAGAUACAGUGUGAAAUAUUACUAUUGGACG